AUGGUACUGCCGCGAAUCAGGAAUCUAGUUGCACCGUUGUGCGUUCUAUUGCUUGUGAGCAGCUGGCUAGUGAGCGAUGUAGACUGCGCCAAGAAGGCCCCGGCCGCCAGUGCGCCGCCCGCGGCCCCCGAGGCGACGAUCGAGGAAGUGUCGGCCAAGCAGCUGGAGCGAUUACUAGAGGAUAAGGAUUACGUUGCGGUGUACUGGUAUGCCCGAAGUUGUACAACAUGUGACACAGUAUUAGCAGAGCUAGAGCACAUCGACGAUGAUACCGAUUCGUUCGGUGUCGACUUUGUGAAAAUCAACGACAAACGACUCGCGAAGCAGUAUGGCAUCACGAAGUUCCCAGCCCUUACCUAUUUCAGAGAGAAGGAACCGAUCAUCUACGAGGGCGAUCUCAUGGAUGAGGCCGGCGUGCUCGAUUUCCUCACCUCCCUGGAAGCGAUGGAUCUGCCCGAUCGCAUCGAGGAAGUCAACUCCAAGAUCCUGGCAAAGAUCAUCGAGGACUCCGACUACGUUGCGGUCCUGUUCUGCACUGAUCACGAAAACUGCCCACCCGGAAACAACAACAAGCCCGAGUGCAAGAAGUGCAUCAAGGCACUGCAGGAGCUGGAAAACAUCGACGACGAGGCAGACCAGCUCGACAUCGGUUUCGUGAAGAUCCACGACGAGGACCUGGCCGAGGAGUACAAUCUGGGCCCGCUGCCAAAGUUGGUCUACUACCGUCACCAGACGCCGAUCGUUUAUGAGCAUGAGCUGCAGCGUGAGGAGGACGUGCUGGAGUGGCUGGUCGAGAACAAGGCCACCGGUGACGAGGAUGACAUCAUCGAGGAGGUCAACGCCAAGACGCUCAAGACUCUCAUCCAGAACAUCGACAAUCUGGUCGUUUUGUUCUACGAUGAAGGCGACGACGAAUCGGAGUCGGUACUGCAGGAGCUGGAAAACAUCGACGAUGACUGCGCCAAGCACGGCAUUCAGUUCGUGCGGAUCGACGACCCGAAGGUCUCCAAGGAAUACGGCAUCGAUGAGGUUCCCGCGAUCGUAUACUUUGAGAAGCAGAUCCCCAACGUUUACGAUGAUGAUCUGUCCGACGAGGAAGAGAUCCUGGAGUGGCUGCUGUCGCAGCUGGAAAAGGACGAGAUCGAGGAUGUCACCGACGAGAUGCUGGACAAGCUGAUCAAGGAGGGCAAAUCGAUCGCCGUUUUGUUCUAUGACAACAAUGACAAGAAGUCGGAGAAGGUACUGAACGAGCUGGAAAACAUCGACGACGAGUGCGACCAGCUCGGUAUCAACUUUGUCAAAAUGGACGACCUCGAGGAGGCGAAGGACUACGGUGUGACCAAGUUCCCGAAGCUGGUCUACUUCGAGCAGGGCAUCCCGACCGUGUACGAGGGAAGCCUCGAGCAGGAGGAGGACGUGCUCGAGUGGCUGGAGCGCCAGACGAACAGCGACGAGAUCGAGGACGUCACCGAUGAAAUGCUGGACAUGAUCGUCGAGAAGAUGCAGCACGUUGCGGUGCUGUUCUACGACAAGGACUCCAAGACGUCGCAGAAGGUGCUGGCCGAGCUGGAGAACAUCGACGACGAGUGCGACCAGAACGACAUUGCGUUCGUCAAGAUUGACGAUGACAACGAGGCCAAGGAGUGGGGUAUUGAGGAGCUGCCAACUAUGAUUCUGUUUGAACGCGGUAUUCCGCACAUCUACGAAGGCGAUCUGCUGAAGGAGGAGGAACUGCUUGGCUGGUUGGUGCACCAGAAGCGCCACUCGGAAAUUCCAGAAAUCACCGACGAAAUGAAGGACAAGCUCAUGCAGAUGUACGACCACGUUGCAAUUAUUUUCUACGACAAGGACGACAAGCAGGACAUUCGCGUUCUGAAUGAGCUGGAGAACAUUGAUGACGAGCUGGAGAAGGAGGAGAUCGUCAUUGCGCGUCUCGACAACGCGGAGGAGGCCCGCGAGUACGGUCUCGACCAUCUGCCCGCGCUCGUGUACUUCGAGAACGAGAUCCCGGCCAUCUACGAGGGCGACCUAAUGAACGAGGAGGAGGUGCUCGAGUGGCUCAAGCUGCAGAAGUACUCGGCCACCAUCGAGGAGGUGACGGACGAGAUCCUACAGGAUCUGAUCGAGGACCACGAGUACGUGUGCGUCUACUUCAGCGGGGCGUGCGACGAGGGAGAAAAGUGCGACAAGAUCCUGGACGAUCUGGAGAACAUUGACGAUGAGCUCGAUGAGGCCGGUAUCAUCUUUGUCACCACCGAAGACAUGGCCACUGCCAAGAAGUACAACAUCAAGAACCUGCCCUCGCUGGUGUUCUUCCGCAACAAGGACCCAUUGAUCUACUCGGGUGAUCUGAACGACGAGGACGAAGUCCUGGCCUGGCUGACCGAUGAGGAAACGCUCGAAAUUCCCGGCAAGAUCGAGGAGGUCAACAUCAAGAUGCUGGAGAAGAUCCUGUACGAAAAUGAGCACAUCGUAGUGUUCUUCUACCACGACGAUGACAAGAAGGCACAGAAGAUCAUUGCCGAGCUGGAGAACAUCGACGACGAGUGCGAGGAGAAGGAUAUCGACUUCGUGAAGACCUCGGACGACGAAAUCGACAAGGAGUACGAUCUGGAAACGCUGCCGGCGCUGGUCUUCUACCGCAACAAGUUCCGCACGAUCUACACCGGCGAUCUGAUGAAGGAGGAGGAGAUCCUCGAGUGGGUGCUGGAGCAGUACAACACCAAGCCGGAAAUCAUCGAAUCGGUUGACCGCAAGACGUUGCAGGUGCUGGUCAACGAAGUUGAACACCUGGCCGUGCUGUUCUACGAUGACGACUGUGAAACGUGCCCGAAGAUCCUGGAGAAGCUGGAAACCAUCGACGAUGACACCGACAAGCACCACAUUCAGUUCGUGAAGGCCAACGACGAAAAGCUGGCCCACGAGAUUGGAAUCUUUUCCUUCCCGGCCCUGGUCUACUACGAAACUGGUGUUCCGAUUAUGUACGAUGGUAAUCUAAAGAACGAAAAACGCAUCUUGCAGUGGCUAAUUGAUCACAAAAGAAAGUACGAUAUCAAAUUACGGUACGGCCUAACGAAGGAGCGCGUACCGGUCGUGUUCGCGAAUCCGGAAGAGGAAGCUCUCCGGGCGAUCCUGCUCGCGCACGUCCGGGCCCGGGCAGGUGUCCCCGAGCGCUCCAUACUGCGCCCCGCGGCCGGUGGGCAGCUUCCACCGCCCGCCGCAACUGCGUCACCUGCACCAUCCUCGACCGAAGUUCCGCUGUUGAUCAGUUCGUUGUCCAUCGGGCUAGACAACAAACUACCGAAACCGAAACUCCGCAAGCGUUACACCGACGACGUGGAUGAUCUCGAUCGGGAGGAUCGGAUCGACAAGAAGCGCUCGAGCGGUGCGAAGAAGCUCAAGCCGAUCCCGCGGGUUGAUGCGGUCGAGAUGCCAAAGGCGCAGUCCGGCCAGAAGCCGGCGUCAGCCGCCAAACCUAAGGAUAAACCGGCCCCCGCUGCCCCCUCCGCUUCCAAACCGGCGGCCGGAAAGCCCUCGAAACCCACCAGCAGCAGUGUGAAGCCGGCGGCCCCUCCUGCACCGGCCAAGCCGAAAAAGACUACCCAACAUGCGGUCGAUGAUGAUGAUGAUGAUGAUGACGAAGGUGAUCUGCUGAACGAGUACGACGUCCUGGACUGGAUGCAUGGACAGAAGACGGACGAAAGUAUCCAGGAGGUGGAGCGAGAUGUACUGUUGAACUUCAUCGACACCAAGGACUUCCUCGCGGUAGUGUUCUACGUGGAAGAGGAUCCCGACACGCCGAAGAUUCUGCGCCAUAUCGAACUGAUCGACGACGAGGCGGCCGACUACGGCAUCGUGAUGGUGAAGAGCAGCGAUCGGCUGAUGGCGAAAAAGUUCGGCUUCCGCAAUCCGCCCGGUGUCACCUACUUCCGCAAGGGCAAAUCGAUCAACUACGACGGUGACAUCGACGACGAGGAGGAGCUGCUCGAUUGGCUCACCGAUCCGCACAACAUGGAGAUGACCGACCACAUCGAAAAGGUGAACCGCAAGAUGUUCCAAAAGAUCCGCCAGGCGUCGGACUACUUGGCCGUGUUUUUCUAUAGCGACGACUGUAAACAGUGUCCCCGGGUGCUGGCCGAAAUCGAACACAUCGACGACGAAGCCGACGGAGCCGGCAUCAACUUCGUCAAGAUCGACGAUAAGCAGAUGGCCAAGGAACUCGGUGUGUACGCCCUGCCCGGUAUCGUUUUCUUCAAGCUGUCCUCCAAGGAGCCUGUCAUCUACGCAGGUGAUCUCAACGAUGAAGACGAAAUUCUGAACUGGCUUAUGACCCAGAAGAACCCAGGCGGCGACAUUAUCGAGGAUCUGGAUGGACCGAAACUGUUGGCCCUCAUCGAGGACUCCAAUGCGUUGGCGGUCUAUUUCUGGAACAAAACGACUUGUGAGGCUUGCUUCACAAAGGCUGCCAAGAAGCAGCGCAAGGCGAAGGAGCAGCGCAAGGGCCUGCUGGAUAUGGCCACAUCCGGCGAGGUUGUGGACGAGGCGGGCGACGAACCGGUGGCGGACAGUGUGCCGCCAACCACACCACCACCGGCAUCCAUCGAGGACACGGACGACUGCGACCAGUGCACUGGAGUUCUGGAAUCGCUAGAGAACAUCGACGACGAUUGCGAUCGGCAUGGAAUUAUGUUCGUCAAGACGGAUGACCUCACGAUCGCGGAACAUUACGGCAUCACCGACUACCCGGUGCUGGUCUACUUCGAGGACAAUGUGCCGAACGUGUUUGAAGGUUCGCUGGACGAAGAAGAGGAAGUGCUGCAGUGGCUGAUCACGCAGAAAACCGAGGACCGUAUCGAGCUGAUCACGCGCGUCAUGCUGGAGUCGAUGGUGGACGAGACUCAGUAUCUGGCCGUGUACUUCUACAAAACCAAAUCACCCUCGUACUGCCGAAGUUUUUGCUCUGCGGAAAACAUACGCAAGCGAAAGGAAUUUGCACGGGAAGGAAUUUCAGACAAAAUCAAUUGCAACAUCUGCGAUCAGAUCCUCGAGGGGCUCGAGGUGAUCGACGACGAGCUGGACGUGUUCGGUAUCCACAUGGUGAAGAUCCAGGACCCGCAGCUAGCGAAGCGCUACUCCAUCAAGACAUUCCCAGCGUUGGUGUACUUCCGCAACGGAAAUCCACUCAUCUACGAAGGUGAUCUGCAAAACGAACAGUCGGUGCUGGAAUGGCUGGUUGACGACGACAACCGCGAGCUGGCGGACGAGAUCGAGGAGGUCAACGAGCGUAUGCUGGACCGUUUGAUGGAGCAGUCGCCGCUGCUUUGCGUGUUCUACUACGACGAAGAUUGUGCUGAGUGCGACGACAUCCUGGAGGAGCUCGAACUGAUCGACGGUGAGGUGGACCUGUACGGCAUCGAUUUUGUGAAGGUGGCGAGCCUGGAUGCGGCGCACAAGUACGGCGUGACGACGAUUCCCUCGCUAGUGUACUACCGCAAGCAGAUUCCGAUGCUGUACGACGGUGAUAUGCACGAUCACGAACGCGUCAUGAACUGGCUGACGUCGCAGGAUGUGUUUGAGAUCAAGAACGAGAUCGAGGAGGUUAACCGGAAGAUGCUGAACAAGCUGCUCGACGAGAACGAGUUCCUGGCAGUGUUCUUCUUCGAGGAGGAUCAUGAGGAAAGCGAAGCGGUCCUGGAGAGACUCGAGUUGAUCGACAGCGAGACGGACAACCUGGACAUCACCUUCGUGAAGAUGGGCGAUCCACGGUACGCGCGCAAGUGGGGCGUCACCAAGCUGCCCGCGAUCGUGUACUUCCGCAAGCGCUUCCCCAGCAUCUACCGGGGCGACAUGUACGACGAGCAGGACGUGCUCGAGUGGCUGCGCAAGAACCGAUUCCGCCAGCCGGAGCUGAACAUCUUCAUGUACGCGCUGAUCGCGCUCGGUCUCGGCUUCGUCAUCUAUACUGCAUUUUUGCUCCAGUGCUUCAAGCCGGCCCCACCCGCCCCAGUGCCACAUCCGAAGCAGAACUAA